AUGUGCUGUUUCUCUUCCAAGCAAAAAACUCUUAAUUGGGCCUUGGUGAGUUGCUUAGACUCUUUAUUGAGAUUAAAAAAAUUUUUUUUCUUUUCCAGUAUUGCAGCCUUUAGCGGGAAAAACUCUUAUAAGAAUUCACAAUUCAUUCCGAUCACUUUGCAUAAUAAUUCAAAGCAUGAAUGGAUUGUCUUUAAAGUGCAACAUUAUGAACCAAGAGAUCCUUUUCUGUCACAAGAACAACUUGCAAAAUUUGAAAAGGCCUGUGUUCCUUUAAUGGCUUCUCCUAAUGUUGGAUUAAUUGGGCCCGGACAGGAAGCGGUGUUCAAACUUAUUCUGCCGGGACGGAAUAUUUGGCCUGUUAGUCGAGAAGCAACUAUCGGCAAAAUGAGCUACUUUCGUAUUUUACAAAUGCAAGUAACUGAUCCGUGGGAGGUAUUAAGUGCGUUUAGCGGUAAUAAUACUUCGCUAACAAGAGGAAUUAAACAACUCUUUGAUGCAUUAAAUACUGCUAGAAGCUGUGAGGAUGCUUUGGAGAGGAUUUAUUCUUGCGAUGUUCCUAUUUUCCUUCCACUGUGCCCUAUAAUUCUGUCUGAAACCAAUUUGAACGCGGGAGCGAAAGAUAAAGUUAAGAAAGAUGAACAAAACAAAGUUUAA